AAAGAAGAAAAGAAGAAAAAAAGAAAAAAGGAUAAAUCCCAGUCCUACAACAGCACUCCACUCGCUUUUCUUCUUCCACACUCUCUCGCUCUCGCACGCACAUAAGCUGUUUGAUUUUAUUCCACAGAGAAAAACAAAAACCCUCGUCUCAGAGAGAGAGAGAGAGAGAGAGAGAGAGCUGCAGAAAUGGGAACGAGAAUCCCAUCCCAUCAACUGAGUAACGGCCUUAUAGUCUCGGGCCGCCCCGAGCAGUACAAGGAACGGCCGCCGACCAUGGCCUCCCGUGCCGUCCCCUACACCGGUGGCGACGUCAAGAAGUCCGGCGAGCUCGGCAAGAUGUUCGACAUUCCCGUCGUCGACCCCUCAAAAUCCCGCCCCUCAUCGUCGUCCCAGCACAACAGCGGCUCCAUCCGAUCCGCCUCCAACUCGGGUCCCAUUCCUCCCAAACCGUCCAAUUCGGGUCCACUCCCUAAGAAAUCCUCCGGCCCGCUCCCACUCCACCCCACUGGCCUCAUCACCUCCGGUCCCAUCGGGUCUUCAGCGUCCGGCGGUGGCGGGGCGCGCCGCAGCGGGCAGCUCGAGCCGUCGGCGUCGAUGGGGAAACCGUACGGCCCUGCCGUGACCAGCCUUGGGGAGAAGGCUAAGUUCGGGUUCAAGAUCUCGAAGCCGAUAAUGUGGGUCAGUGUGGUGGUGUUCGCGAUUGGGCUGAUGGCAGGGGUGUUCAUGAUGGUGACGGUGAAGAAGGCAGUGAUUCUGGUGGUGGUUGGAGGGAUUCUGGUGCCAGUGGUGGUGCUAAUUGGGUGGAAUUAUGCAUGGGGGAGGAGGGGCGUGCAGAGGUACUUGAGGAAGUAUCCAGAUGCAGAAUUGAGGGGCGCGGCGGAUGGGCAAUGUGUGAAGGUUACUGGGGUUGUGACCUGUGGCAGUAUCCCUCUUGAAUCAUCUUUUCAGAGGGUCCCUAGGUGCGUCUAUGUAUCCACUGAAUUGCAUGAAUACCGAGGAUGGGGUGGAAAGUCUGCAAACUCCAAUCAUCGUCGAUGCUCAUGGGGAUUGAGGCAUUCUGAGAGGCAUGUGGCAGAUUUCUACAUCUCUGACUUCCAGUCCGGGUUAAGAGCACUGGUGAAAGCUGGGUACGGAGCAAAGGUUGCUCCAUUUGUUAAACCUGCGACUGUUGUUGAUAUAACUGCGGAAAACAGAGAGCUUUCUCCAAGCUUUUUGCAUUGGUUGGCAGAGCGUAAUCUUUCCAGCGAUGACCGGAUAAUGCGCCUCGAAGAAGGGUAUAUCAAAGAGGGGAGCACUGUAAGUGUCAUGGGUAUCGUGCAACGCCACGAUAAUGUGCUCAUGAUCGUUCCAUCUGCAGAGCCAGUCUCAACAGGUUGUCAGUGGUUGAGCUGCCUCCUACCCGCAUACAUCGAAGGCCUUGUUUUGAUGUGCGAUGAAAGUCAGAGCGCUGAUGUCAUUCCUGUGUAAAUAUUGGGGAUAAUAUCACACUUUCUCCGCUCUUCCUCAGUCUCCUAUUUCAGUUUUAGUUGAAUGUAAAAAUUGGGCAUUUUGAAUUUGAGAGCAGGAAGGAAGCCUAGGAAGAUUGACAUAAUAAGUGAGGAUGAUGAUAUACACGUAUGAGUUCCGACUGGAGAUAGUUGCAGCUUCAGGAGAUGUUGUAUUGUGUUAGCAUAUGCAUUUUUAGUAUGGCUGAUGUAAAGAUGCGAAGAUGCCAAAAUGGUUUCCUCUUUGCUUUCUGUAGCUGAUUUGUUUGUUGGUAAGUGCAUAUAAAUACUUUUGUUCUUUUUUUUUUUGUUGCUUCGAAGGAGUGUCUAUUUACAGUGAUUGCCACCUUCUGGUUAAUGGGUUUUGUGAAUAUGUGCAAAUUCUGUUGAUGUUGAUUUUGACUGUGAAAGCUUGGCUUCUGUUUA